CCCUUUUCAGCGGAGGCAGGAUCUUUUGACUGCUUCUUUUCUCUUUCCAUUCCGCCUUUUUUACUUGAAUCAAGAUCAUGUCGCGCAAAGGCGUUAGUGCAGAAGAAAAAAGGAAAAGACUCGAAAAGGUUUUUCACGACACGGGCGAAUUCUAUCAGCUUAAAGAGCUGGAGAAAAUUGGACCACAAAAGGGGAUCGUGGCGCAGUCGGUCAAGGAUGUGUUGAUGAGCCUUGUGGACGACGGAUUAGUGACCAUGGACAAAAUUGGCACUUCCAAUUAUUUUUGGUCCUUUCAGUCAGAUACAGCUCAAAAGAAAAAAGCGGCUUUGGAGGAAAUGAAAAAGAAGCUGGAACAUGAAGAGAAACGGAACCAUCAACUCACGGAACAGCUUCAGACACUUCAAGAAGGCCGCGAAGCAUCGGAAGAAAGAGAUGCAAUUCUGGAGAAUCUGAAAGAAGCCCAACGGAUUCAUGGCGAACUCACGCAAGCUUUGCAAGAAUACAAAGACAACGAUCCAGCUGUGGUGGAAGCCAAACAAAAAGCGAUUAAAACUGCCAAAGAAGCUGCGAACCGAUGGACAGAAAAUAUCUGGGCGUUGCAAUCGUAUUGUGUCAACAAAUUUAACAUGGACCGAAAACUAUUCAACGAAACAUUUGGCAUCAGUGACGACUUUGAUACGAUUCCCUAACUACUACUACUUCCCUCCAAAUCCUUCGCUAUCGUUUUACGUGCCCACACUCGAUCUCAAAACCCAUCUCCUCUGUACAUUGUUAUUCGACCCAUCGCUUGAACAUCCUAUGCACAUAAUAAAUUUAUAAAUCAUGCGUUACCAAUACGCUGGUGAAUUCAUCAUCCG